AUGAGCAAUACCCCCGACGACGGUGGAAGUGCGGUAGCCGCGCCUGCUGAAGCCACCGCCUCAGCAUCCAGCAACGAAGAGUCGAUCGCGCAGGGCAAGGAGAGGGCAAAAGAGAUUCUCGCCGCGUCUGGUAUCGAUGUCGCGAGGAAGGAUUCGGCGCCCGAGGUCAACGGCCACGAUGGCAGCCCAAACACCAAUCGAAAGCGCAAGCGCGAAACACCAAUAGACCGUCUCCAAGCAGCUGUUUAUGUCGACCACGAGUACCACUACAAGGCCCUCUACGCGGAGCAGCUGGCUCAUCCGUUGGUACCGCAGGAGAAAAAACAAGAGCUAGCUUUGUAUCAGAGCCUCCGACAACGAAGGGAUCAUGACCCUGGCUCCAUCUUCGGGUACGGCUACGCCGGGUAUGGCAAUCCCAGGACAGACGAGAAGAAUCUCCGCGACCCCAUAAUAUAUCCGCGACAAAGGAGGCCCGGCAAGAAGAAGACCUUACCGCCUCGAGUGUCGCGAAAAGACCUCAACUCUCAAGCGGAACAGAACGAGGAGCUAGUGCCUAUCCGGCUUGACAUAGACUGGGGAAAGAUCAAAUUGCGGGAUACCUUCACCUGGAACCUGCACGACCGAACGACCUCCGUCGACUAUUUCGCCGAGAAGUUGGUGGAAGAUUUCGGCCUCGAAGUCCAGAACUGCCGGCCCCUCGUUCAAAUGGUCGCAAACCAUAUGCGCGAGCAGAUAGUCGACUAUUGUCCUCAGAUCUAUGCAGACGACGAGCCAUGGGAGCCAUCUCUACCAUAUUUUGCCUACAAGAAUGACGAAAUGCGUAUUCUGGUCAAGCUCAAUAUCACCAUCGGCCAAAACACCCUCAUCGACCAAUUCGAGUGGGAAAUCAACAAUCCAUUCAACUCUCCCGAAGAGUUUGCACGUCAAAUGACGAGCGAUCUAUCGCUUGCCGGGGAGUUUACCACUGCGAUUGCACACUCCAUACGUGAGCAAUGUCAAUUGUUUUCGAAAUCCUUGCAUAUCACGGGUCAUCCAUUCGAUGGCCGGCUGAUAGAAGAUCCGGAUUUGAGGGAGAAUCUCUUGCAGUCACCCCUACCAACCACGUUUCGUCCUUAUCAAGCAGCCAAGGAUUAUACGCCGUACCUGUACGAACUCAACGAAGCGGACCUGGAGCGCACUGAGCUAUCCAUAUCUCGUGAACAGAGGAGGCAGAAGCGUUCAACGAAUCGUCGUGGAGGUCCGGCUUUGCCAGAUCUCAAGGACCGCCAACGCACAAUCCGCUCGCUUGUUGUUUCGUCCGUCAUUCCUGGGGCUGCUCUGAGCAUGGAGGAGAGUCGAAUCUUCAGAAUUACGAAGGCGAGCCGGAAAUUAGUACGCGGGCAACGAGACGGUUUCGAAGAUUCGGACGAAUCAGAUAGUGAAGAUUCGGCUCCUGAUUCGCCAGCCAUCCCGACUCACUUGUUACAACAAGGCACUGCCCGUACUAGAGGUAUCAGGAAUGCGGCAUUGACUGCCAGUGCUGGCAUCAGAUCGAAUUUGAGCGGCUUUGCGUCGGUGAGAUCCGCAACACCGGAGUCGGUCGCACCUUCACAUCACGAUGGCCGAGUUUCUGCUCGGAAGAGAGACUACAAAGAAGAGAGCGACGAAGAGUCUACUUCGGGCAAACUGAUUGUGGUAUUGAAAGUGGGAAAAGCUAAGCUUCGAGAGUGGAUGCGGUCGCAACGAGCCAAGGAUAGGGCUGCUCAUGUCUCCAAUAUGUCGAAUCAAGGCAGCCCACGACCUGGCAGCCAUUCUCGAUCUGUUUCUGCGGCUCCGUUGAAUCUCGCAGGCAUGCCGCCUCCGCCAUCGCCAGUCCCAGCAGCCGCAGAUAUUCCAGGUGCCGUUGAUGCAACGCCAAGUCCGAUCAAUCCACCCCCUCCGCCGCCUGACUGGCUUGUUCGAGAUUUGGAACGCUUGCGGAAGACAUACCCAAAUGACCGCUUCGAGGCUCUCAUGAAGCACACAGCCAUUGACCCAAAGACUCAAAAGCUUGUUGCCCCUAAUGAGACGAAUCACUCCUUCCCGCACAAAUACGUCCCACGCAUCAGAUGCUCUGACUGCCUUGGCAAAGUCUACCUACCCGGCGAAGGGCAGAGUGCCACGAAUUUCGAGUCUCAUCUCAAGAACCGCGUCCACAGAUCAAAUGUGGACGACCGGCUGGCGAAGGAGUCAUGA